AUGCCGAAUAAUCUUUCCAGAGUCCUUCACAUCUCUUGUUUCUUGCAGGGAGGUGAAGGCAGGAGAGCAACCUGGACCAGAGCCAUGGACAGAUCAGAUGACACGGUUGAAAUACCAGCCCUGGGCCGCCCAUUCCAGCUGGGGAUGCUGUACGACUGCCGUAAAGAUGCCCUCAUCCCAGGUAGAGCUGGUGCAAGGAAGAGCUUACACUUAGCAGUUGGCCCAAACAGUGCAGUUUCAGUGCUAAACGUGCUCCUCAAAUUCAUUUUCAACAUCCCUUACUGUCUUCUUUUGCCAACGUUUGUGUUCCUUUAUGUUCUCUUCAUUUGGACAAGGCUUCCACUUAUUAAAAAGAAGUCUUCUUGCCCGUGAUAGCGUCUUUGCUCCUUAACCUUGCUGGCAUCGUCUUGGCCCAAAUCAUCACCAUCAACAUCUGUCAAUAAAGAUUCAGCAGGUGUGUUCUGUUUCAAUUUUUUAAAGCUUGCUGAAAACCUUUGUAGUCCACCAGGCCUAUGCAGGCCAUUAAGAAUACAUCUUUCCACAAUUAUUACUGUAGGUAAAAAAAACCAGGACUUUUUUUCAGCCAGAACCUGCCAGAACUCAGUUCCGGCACCUCUCAGGUGGGCACAAUUGCAUUAUAAGAGAACAAGGGAAGCAUUCAUGGAGAGUUCUUUUUUCCUUGAAAAAUACCACAUUAAACAUAAAAAACUUCCCUAAACAGGGCUGCCUUCAGAUGUCUUCUAUAGGUUGUCUAGUUACUUUUCUCCUUGGCUCAGGGGUCACAUAACUCCAUACCCUCCAACAUUUCUCUGAUGAAAAUAAGGAUGUCCUACGCCUAAGGGAAAGCGGAACAUUCAGGGAUCAAAUCAGAAACCGGGAUGGCUUCUGUAAAUCCAAGACUGUCCCUGGAAAAUAGGGACACCUGGAGGGACUGUAAUCCAUUGUUGUGUUCCUGUGCCAAUAAUUUAACAACUUUCACCACUGUAACUAAGCCAAGUUUUACUCCCUGUGUUUUCUGACUGCUGUAUGGAAAAGGACAUGAAUCUGACCUUUGGAGAGUUUUUAAGUAAACCAUUACGAACUUACCAAACAUGUGGUCUUUUUCAAUGCUUGGGGGGGGGACACUAUUUUGGAAGGAACUCACAAGCACAUAUUUUAAAGGUCUGACAGCCUAAAUUUCCACACUUUGCUUUGUUGCAUAUUUUGUGAUUUUAAAUCUGCUGGGGUUCUCUCACCAAAGUGUUUUGUCCCAACUUGGAUCUUGGCCCCCAGGGAAUUCUCCUUAUAUAUACCCAUUUUUUCCGUGCCAGUCAACAACUAGCACCAGCUCUCUAGGGCCUCAAUCAGGACAUGAUCACAGCCCUAAAUGGUGGUGACUGAAUCUUAUCCCUGCUGCUGAGCCAGUGCCCAUCCCGUUUCUGAGGCCUGUACAACAGAAGCUCAUGAAAUGUUCUGGUCAAAUAUUUUCCCUGCCUUUUGCAAAGUUUUACAAAACUGCACAAACCUCUUUCGUUGCGGAUGACAGUGGGACAAAAUUCAUGAGCGCAGACAUUGUGGGCAAUGAUAGGUCUAUUUUAUCUCCUUGUUUCUCUGUACACCCUUAGGCAUUAGGCUAAUUGUGUUCUACAUUUGUAUGAACAUACUCAAGCCUUGCAUAUUUCUCUGCUUUAUCCCAGGAAUCACCCUUUGGGACCAGGCCUCACUUCAGAAGGACUUGUGUAUCAAACCUCAACCCAAGGCUGAAUAUGAAAUCAUUGCAUCUGACUCCAUCGAUGAUAAGGCCUCUGCCCUCAAUGUCUCAGCAUCACUCAAGGCCAGUUUUUUGGGGGGAUUGGUUGAAGUGGGUGGAUCAGGCAAAUUCCUCCAAGACACCAAGAAGUCCACGAAACAGGCCAGAGUCACUCUGCAGUACAAAGCUACCACCAAGUACUCACAGCUGACCAUGAGCCAUUUGGGAAUCCAAAAUGUCAUUUAUCCAGCUGUUUUCGACCAUGGCACAGCCACCCAUGUUGUCACUGCCAUUUUGUAUGGAGCCCAGGCUUUCUUUGUGUUUGACCGAAAUGUCUCUUCUUCCGAGUCUGUGCAAGAUAUACAAGGAAGCCUCCACGCUGCGAUCAACUUGAUUGCAGUCUCUAUCAAAGGGGAAGCAUCUGUCCAGAUAGAGGAGAAGGAGAAAGCCCAAACGGAGAAUUUCAGCUGCAAGUUCUAUGGGGAUUUUUCUUUGGAAAGUAAUCCGGUGACUUUUCAAGAUGCCAUGAAAGUCUACAGCGAUCUGCCCCAAAAGCUCGGGGAGGAUGGAGAGAAGGCUGUGCCUGUCAGAGUUUGGCUGUACCCACUGACCAAGCUAGAUUCCAGAGCAGCUAAGAUGGUGCGUGAGAUCAGCUUAGCACUGAUCUUUGAUGCUCAAACUAUCUUGGAGAAACUGAAUGAAAUCAACAUGCGAUGUAAUGAUCUGGCUAUGAAUCCUGUUGCUGAAAACUUCCCAGAAUUCAAGAUGAAAAUCAAGAGAUUCAAGGAUCUGUGCAAGCAGCACAGGCAGACUUUCCAGAAACACCUGGCAGGAAUCCUGCCUUUGAUCCGGGGAGGCGGGAAAGAGGAAAGUGUUCUGGUGGACAUUUUAAUGUCCAUUAACCAGUCUCCCUUCAACAGCCAAAGACUCAGUGAGUUUUUGGAUGCCAAGGAACGAGAGAUUAAUUUGGUGAAUUCUUACCUUAGAAUCCUAAGUGAAAUGGAAGUAAUCUCUUCCCAGAACAAACUGGAAGAAAUCGUGCUAAACCCUGUGAAUGAGUUUGUUGUCUCAUUUACCUUCACUUCUUUACAUGAUGAGGAACCAUUUUUAGCCACCUUACAAGACUGGCUUCAGAAAGAUUUUUUUCAGGAAACAGCAAAUUCCACCAGUGGCCAAUUGACACCCAAGAACAGUAAAGCCUGGUUUGAGCACCAAGAGACAAAUCGGAAUGCUCGUAAAGCUGCCAAAUCCAUUACACAUUUUGCCCGGGUCAAUAAAUCAAAUGAGAAAACCCGGUUCCUUGUGGCUUCCGUCCCAGAUCAAAACAACCCAGGUGCUUCCAUUUACCUCUAUGAAGAUGGGGAGAUGGUCAGCAGCAACUUUGAGCUGCCCUCAAAUCCUCUCCCUCCCCUGGUUGGCCGAAUUGGACAUGAGAGUGUGCAGCUGACAUUUCAACCUGCGGAGUAUGGGAGGGCUUCGGUCUCCAGCUAUCAAGUAGAGUACAAGAUUGCAGGAGAAGAAAAUUGGAAGAUUGUGAAUACUGACGACAGUCAGGAGACAUUCCAAGUGAGAGGGUUGAGGCCGGACUCAGAAUACCAGUUUCGAUACAGCGCUAGGAGCAAACCAGGACUUAGUGAGACCAGCAACGUGAGUGAAUCUGUACAGACACGUCCUACCAGCCCUCCUGGGGAACUGAGAGUGAUAAUCGCAGAGUCUUCCAAAAUCAGUAUAGCCUGGGAGAGCCCAAAGGUCAUUGGCCAGGGAGCUGUUAUAAAGGAAUACAAAGUGGACUACCGUGAAGAGGCUGGAGAGGCAAAAAGCAAGGACAAAGAUGAAUGGGCUGAAAAAAGAACAGGGAAGAAAACAGAGUUCUGUGAGAUGGAUGGUCUGAAGCCCCAGACACCCUACAGAUUCAGAGUCUCAGCCAUGUGUGCCGAUGGGGCUGAGAGUGAGCCCAGCAUAGAGAUUGAGGUUUCCACAUCAUUGGAAGGAGACGAGAAGAGAGUAGCUUGUCAAUACCUCCAAGGCAGCACCCGCGUGGAGGAUGGGCCACCAGCAGUGUAUGCUCUGCCACUGGAGCCCAUACAGGAUGCCUCUGGAUCCUGUCUAACAUACCAGCUAGGGAAAGAGAACAUUCAGAUCCCCAACAAAGUGAUUAUGGUGAUGGGGGCAACAGGGUCAGGGAAAACCACUCUCAUCAAUGGAAUGAUCAACUACAUCCUGGGCGUGCAAUGGGGAGAUAAAUUCCGAUUCAAACUUAUUCAUGAAAAUACCAACAGAAGCCAAGCUCAAAGCCAAACAUCAGAAGUGACUGCCUACGUUGUCCACCACUGCAAGGGUUUCCAAGUCCCCUAUUCCCUCACCAUUAUUGACACUCCAGGAUUUGGAGACACAAGAGGAAUAGAGCAUGACAAGUUGAUAACAAAGCAGAUCCGGGAGUUUUUCUCCUCCCCAGGGGGGCACUGA